UUUUUUUUUUUUUAUUUCUCUUUCCUUAUCCUUUUUUUUUCUUUACUACUAUUAAUGUUAAUACGACUUUUGCAACAAUGUAACGACUAGUAGUAACGACAAAAUAAUCUCUUGACAUGACAUAACGUAAGGAACUAUUGAAAUAUCCUUUUUUUUUUAUUUUAUAAAGUGAAAUAAUACUAUUAACCUUUUUUUUUUAUUUUAUUUAUAUUAUAGCAACUAGUUUAUGUGUUAAAAGUGGUGUUUAGCUCUUUUUGUUUUAUUCAUGUUGGCAAUGGUAAAGGGAUCUCGUGGUGACCUUAAGAGGCUAUUUUAUGUGUUAAACUUGGUGGUUACCUCCUUUUGUUUUAUUCAUGUUGCUGAUGGCAAAGAGAUCUAUGAUGACCUUAAGCAACUAGUUUAUGUGUUAAAAGUGGUGUUUACCUCCUUUUGUUUUAUUCAUGUUGACGAUGGCAAAGAGAUCUUAUGCUGACCUUAAGAGACUAGUUUAUGUGUUAAAC